CACCUCGCCAUCGCCGACCAAAAAUCCCAAACCGUGCGCAUCUUCCCCCGCACCACCCAAUGGACCCAAUCCACCAUCCACUGGGAAUUCGACCCGUCGGCCGCAAACUCCCUCCUCGGCAGCAACCCCUGGCACGACAUCUCCGACGUCCGGAUCCGCAAGACCGCAGCGCACGGGUGGGUCGCGCUGGUCGCCGCAUCGCGCGGGAUGGUCGGCGUCGUGGACAUCCAGAAGGGGCGGGCGCGGACCGGCAUACAGGAUAUCCUGUGGGGCGCGAACGUGGGCGGGAAUCCGCAUGCGCUGGAGAGGAUCCCGUACGUGGGGGCGUUCGUGGCGGCGAGCUCGGCGAGUCACAGUCUAACACUGUAUGCGCCGACGGGAAGGGUGAGUGACUAUGACUCGGUGGUGAAGGUGGCGACGUAUGAGGUUGACCAUGCGCAUGGGGUGCUGUGGGAUCCGAAUGGGAGUACUGACGCCCAGGAGGGAUUCCUGUGGGCGAUCGGGAAGCGGUAUCUGUAUAAGUAUCGGGUGAAGGGGACGGGGAGGGAGAUGAGGUUGGAGCGGGUGGAUGGGAGGGAAGGGAAGAUUGAGUUGCCGGGGAGUGGAGCGCGGAAUGGCCAUGAUUUGGCGGCGAGCUAUGCGCAUGCGGAUGUGUUGUUGCUGACGCAUACGAGUGCGGCGUAUAGCUUUAACAAGACGAGUGGGGAGUUUGCGAUGCUGAUGAACACGACGAAGUUGAAGUCGUUGGUGCAGGGUGAGGACGGGGAGUAUGUGUGGGUGAGAGGGGCGAAGAACGAGAUGGGGCAGUAUGUGUCGUUUAGUGCGGAGGAGGAGCCCGAGGUGGAGGAGGAUAAGAGGGGAUGGGGAGAUGCGGAGUUCUACAAGGCGAGGAUUUAUGAUCCGGCGUAU